AAUUUGGCAUCUUCCAUCUUUCGAUUCCCAGCAUCUUCUUCUGUUUUUCUUUCUCUCUCUUCUCCUUUAAAUAAACUCUUCCACACAUUCUCUCUCUCAUCUUUCCUCACUCACUCUUCUCCCUCCAUAACCACAACAUUCUCCCCCAAUUCAUCAAUGGACGCUUUAGAUUCACCGUUUCAAACCCUAACCUUCAUCCCGUUAAAUCUUGGCCAUUUAUUAUCCACCGCUGUUAAUAAUCUCUGGCCGUUUCUUGCCGUCAUUACCGCCGUUUUAAGCUUCUGGAAGCUUCGGUCUACCGCCAAUACGACGUCGUCACCACCGCCUCUAAAAACAACAACCGCCGAAACGACGUCGUCGUCAAAGGAGAACUUAAUGAAAAAUCAAUCAGAGGAAAAAUUGAGAAAAGAAGACGAUCUUGACGAAGGAGUAUUAACAAAAGGGAAUAGCAAUAAAUUUUUUACUGUAUAUUACGAGGAGAGAGAAAAUGAUGAGGAAGAGAUGGAUGAUGAGAUGAACGGUGGAGAUGAAGUUGAAGAUAAAUUAAGUGGUUUUACGAUGAAGAGGUGGAAUUCUUCCCCAGAAUUAACGGUGGAGAUGAGAAGAGGAGAUGUAUUAAGAUGGUAUAGUUUCCAAAACAGGAAAGUGAUAGAUGGAAGUGUGGUAAGAUUGUGGGAAGAGGAGAAAGAAAAUGGUGGUUGUUCUCCCCGGAGUUGUCGAAGUAGACAUGCUGUUGGGGUUACGGCGGCUUGGUGUUAGGUGGAUUAAUGUUAAUCAUUGUUAUAAUUAAUCCAAUAUUUUAUAUUAAGGUGGUUACAUUAAUUAAGGGAUCACCCUUUGGCCGGACUCUUUUUCAUGAUAUAAGUUGCCGCCUUUUUACAUCGGUUAUCGUAACGAUCAUGUCAUUAAUUAAGGGAUUAAAAGUAAUUAUUAGCAUUCUAAAUGUAAAUACCAUUACAUUAAUUAGCUAUUGUUGCUGUGCUUUGUUUUCUUAAUUUAAUAAAUUAUUUGGGGUUGUUGAGUAACAUGUAAACAAUUAGGGCGUUCAUUUUUUGGCCUAAUCGUAUAGUAAAAUAUAAAAAGGGUCUUAUAAAGUUAUAAUACUUCUUUUGUUGUUAUUGUUAAUAUUAC